AUGGGCAAAAGCGGAGCAACGGUGGGGUCGGCCAUCGGAAAGGGCGUGGUGCGAGGAGCAGCCGUCCUCGGAGUGGCCGUAUCUCUUUGGGAGGUGGGUUCAUUAAUCGACGACUGGACUAGCAAACAUCCGACUAUCAAAGAGGCGGAACGCGUCAUCGAUGAGUUGAAGAAGACCAGAACCAAUCUGGAGGAAUCCGUCAGUGACAUCAGCGUGAUCAAGAACACUUUGGAACGACUGCAACAAAAUGCUCGUGAGGAUGAACAGGCCUCAUCAGAGAAGCAAGCCGGAAAAUCCAAACAAUAUGAAGGCAAUCAGCAUAAAGAUGAGCAAGACAAAGGCAAAACUGAUGGUGGCACUAAACAAUCCAAACGGAAUAAAGCCGAUCAACGCAAGGCUGAGAAAGACGGAGAUCGAACUGCUGAUGGAGAUGGAGGAGGCAGGAAACCGACGGGUCCCUCACAAGCCAGUGAAUGCCAAGGAGCUUCGGUCAAUCCAAAUGCGACAAAAAUCGAAUUUAAGGAGGAUAUUCUGGAAAAUUGCAACUGCAAGGAUAAGAGAUGGGGGAAGGCGCAUUGCAAGAAGGAGAAUUGCAAGGAGAGGAAUUGCAAGGUCAAAAAAGUCAUCGUCAAGGCAUGGGUCCGUCCCGAAAACAUGCGCCAAGGCACGGCUACCAACAAAAAAAUUCAGGAGGGGAUUAAAGAACUGAAGCAGGAC